AUGACGCACUACAGAGGAAUGUCGACGUAUACAACAGUCUCGAUCAUCCGAAUGUCGUACACUUCCAUGAGGUUAUCAAAGAUGGAAAUCACGCUUUAG